GUUUAUACUUCCGGUGUCAUGGCGGACUUGGAAACAAUUUUGUAGACACAAAACGCAUAAAAAAAGUUAUGUCCUGAUAUCUUAUAAGUUCUUUGAAACUUUACAUUUUUAAAGAAGAAAUAUAUAUACAAUUUAUUUUGUAGAGCACAAAUUUCUUCCUUAUAGUGUGAGUUAGUGUGAACAUUAAAAAUGCCUGUUUACAUCCGAAAAAAUGUCAGUUACACACCGCCAUCACUGGAUAAGAUUCAGCAUGAGGCGGAAGAUGACUACAAUCUUGAUCCUGAAUUGCAAAAAGACAGUCUCCCACAACCUUAUCGAAUGAUUGACAAAACUCUUAUUGGUUUGUUUGAUGACACUUGGGAGGUUAUUGCAAAACGUGAAGAAGAAAGGGUAGCCGAGGCUAAUAAAGUCAGACCACCAGCGUAUAAACCAUCAGUUCAGUUGAACACAGCUGUACCCAAUUCUCAGCACCCAGAAAAACAAAAAUUAAGUUAUGCAACAUGCAUCUGUAAUAGUGGAGAUGGACAGUUUAUCUUUGUUGGGCUGCCCUGUGGUCUAGUUGUGGUGGACUCUCAGACUCAUGGCAUUGUGUGCAACUGGGAAGAAGAUGGGGCAGAAAUGGCUUCCCUCAAAUCUUACACGCUUGGCCCUGAUACCCACAUGAUUACGUCCAUUGAUGAUAUGGGGGUGGCAAGGCUAUUUGCUUUUACCUACAACAAACUUUUCUUGAUCAAGGUCCUAAAUCCAUCCCCGGAAUCUGAAAACAAGCUGUUGGUAAACAAACUAGAAGCAUCUACCUGUGGAGAUUACAUGGGAGUUGUCAUGGAGAAUGCUGGGACACAUGACAUGUGGCUGGAGGUGCACAAGUUGCCACGGGAUACCUGGGUCAGUGACCUUGACACUAUUGUCACAGCGAUCAAAAAGAAGGAGGAGAAGGAAAAGAGGGAUGAGGCAAUGUCAGAGGAGACGGAGUCAGUAGCGCCAUCAGACGUUGCACCAAGCAAGGCUGAGACAGAGGAUGGUGGACCAAGCGCAGUGUCGGUGACCAACUCUGUGCCUCCCAUUGACACUGGCGACCAGUCACAGGCUCGAAAAUCACCAGUACCAAAAUCAUCUAUUCCAAAAGCACCUCCUGGCCCCUUGUCAAGGCCAGAGAGCGGGGCCUCCAUGCACAACUCUGAGAGGUCCGGAGCAAGUGGUGACCCCUCUGUACUCAAUCUUGAGUCUCGGGAGAGUGACCCCCUUUCUGGAGAGUACAAAUUCGGAGCACCCCAGCUGAUCAUGAAGGUCAAACCACCUCAGCCAAUCACAGGAGUGGGUGUAAGUAGCCUACAGGCAGCUUGUGGGAAGGUGGAGGCUGGGGAGGUGGUUGCAACAGGCAACAACGUUCUUUUCACAGCAACCCACUUGGAGCAGCGGCGCUCCGUGUUUGAACAUCUUCAUGACAACCUAGCUAAGUACUCAACGGAGGAGGAGACACAGAUACACCAGUGCCCCCACUUCCACUUCCUGUGCGCAGGGAAGAUGACACCACAGGGCCUGGAGCAGGCAAACCUCGAAGGUCGUCCAACAGUGGUGGCUGUGUGGUGGCCAGGAACCUCCAACCUCCUACAGUAUUCACUCAUCAAGACCGCCAAAGAUGUAGAGUUCAAGGCUGACCUAGUGUGGCCGGUCACGUCAAAGAUCACUUGUUCUCAGGUCUCCAUGGAUACCAGCCUCAUUGCCAUUGGCAUGGAGAAUGGCAAUGUGCUAAUCUGGGACAGAUAUAUGGGUAUAAGUAGGGGUGUGGUUAAUGUGCGAGAUGAUUCCCCUGUGGUGCAGCUGUUAUUCCUUGACCCCGCCCUGUAUCCCCAGAACCCUGGGGACUGGCCGCCCUACCCACAGCCCCCCUCAACGUACGUGCUGGCACGUUGCGCCAACAGCGCCCUCUACACCAUCACAACAAGCCCCCACCAAACUCUCCAGCUCAACACAGUCUCACUCUCAGUGGAGAAGGAUGAUGAUGGCAUCACCUUGCUGCAGCCCUUUGACAAGCACCCAGACCUCAUGUUGGUAGUGACACGUGACGGGUCUGUCCAGGUGCGGGACUGUCUUCAGGGUAAUGUGGUCUGCCAGGUGAACCUCCCAGGCUCGCACGAGCUCACCGCACCAUGGGAACCCAUCAUUACUCUUGGGGGACAGGGACAGUCUCUCUUUGUCAAAGGCUCAGAGAGGCUCAAGGCUGGAGAGGAAAGUGAGGAUCCCCUGGGUGGGGCCACGGAGAGCGAGGAGGGACUGGUAUUUGUGUACCAGCUGCGGUCCUUCCCAUCCCUAGACAAAUACUGGCAGACGUCCCGACCCCAUCAGCCCCUUACUGUACAUGUCACCAUAGACCAGCGCGCUCAGGCCAUUCUCUCUGACAGGUUGUCCCAGCAGUUGAUGCGGAAGGCACGCAUGCAGGAGCGGUGGGCGCAAAUGAAGGAUGAGAUUGCCAACAUUCACCAGCUUAAGGAGGUGGCUAGGAUGAACGCUGAAAAAACCCAGAUCGUGAAGUUUGAAAGGAUUCCUUAUCCGCACUAUCAGCUGCCCCUGCCCUAGACCCCCGGGAGAGACGCCCUGAUUCCCGAGUCCUCCCAACUGCCGGUGCGUCCUCUAGCGAACCACUCCGUGGCCUGAACUGCCGUUCUUUCUGAGCUCGACUGAACUUAUGUGAAUAAAUAUCGUAUGAUAUCAGAAAGACAUGAUUCCGUCCAGUGUGUAUCUAUAUUUAAAAUAAGAGUAUUACAAUUCCAGCCUUGUUAUUGUGUUUUUGCAUGCAUUAAGCAUUCAUGUCUAAGGUGUGUUCUUGUAAUUGUCUGUGAUAUAUUGAAUUUAAAUAAAAUGUAAAUUCAA